AUGGGAAAAGGAAGAAAGCUCUUUGACAUAAGGAGUCUGUUUGAACAGAACACUGCAUCUAGAUAUGACGGAGAGGAGGACGAGAUCUACACAGCAAUAGAAGAAAAAAGAAAGAGGAAAAUAAAGGAUCCAAAGCAAAGGAUACUUUCCAGAGAGGAGGUGGAGGCUCUUGGAAAGAUGGAUAUAGAGGAAGCCACUUCCAGACACAUUCCUUCUUGGAAAGGAAUAGAGGAAGUGGAGAUGGAUGGAGAGCAGGACCAGGAAAAUAACGAAUGGAAGACCCACGUCCUAAGGAACUUAUUGAAGAAGAACCGUUUGAAUGUGGAUGCGAGAAUCAGACUCAGUAGACUUGUUGGGAGAAACGAGGGUUCAAAGAUAUUGCUCGAGGGCCGAGACAUCAAGGACGAGAGACUGUGGAGAGAGAUUAUUAGUAGAUACUAUGCAUCCGACAUGCUUGACGAGGCAUUGGAGGUUGUAGACGGAGAUGAAGGCUUUUAUGAAGAUCUGUUUCGAAAAGACAGAGACAUCAAGAUCCUGAGGGCUGGGGUCUCAAGACAUCCCAGGAGUUUUGGUCUCCGAAAAAUGAUGAGCGAGAAUCUGGAAGAUAUUUUGGAGAAACAGAUGUUCCUAUAUGAAAGUGUGGUUGAGACUCAUGAGGAGAGACUUGUAGAUCUGUUUAUUGGCACAAAACCCAACCAUGGGCUUGUGGAGUCUCUGUACAGAGUCCUUAGGGACAAAGGAAUCUACUCGGAGCAUCUUCUGAGCUGUCUGGUGGAAGAUGGAGACAACUCGAUGGUGGUUGAAGAUCUUCUCAGACUUGGACUGGAAGGAACUCUUCGGAUUCUUCGAAGAGGAAAGCGGAGGGUCGAGCUUCCGUCCCCCAUCCUCUCCAAAGAUACCCUUCUCCUCUACCUGCAAGGGGAGAGACCUGAGCCGAUGUCAGCUCUUCCUUCUGACCUCUGGUCUCUGUUUGUCUCGAUGAGCAAGCAUGGGCUCCAUGACGACGAGACGUUUAUUUCCUGCUAUAAUGUUGCAAAGGAGUAUUUUCUGGACUCCGAGUUCAUUGAGAGAUUUUUUGUGAUGGAGCCUCGUAGGUAUUUUGUUGAUUUGAUGAAGGCCAAGGAGUGGUGGAAGCUGUUUGUGGGGAGCAAGGAGAUUGGAUAUUUCCGGAGGGCCGAGAAGAUUCUAAGGAGCGGAAUGAGACAGUACGGGAGAGAGAAGAAAACAUUUAUCCUUGCUAGAUCGAAGAUGUAUUACAUGGGAGGAGACUUCCACAGCAGCUAUUCUGUGAUUCCUGGAAAGAUGAGGACAAUAAGAAAAUAUGUAAUCCUGUCUCAAAUAAGCCUGGAAAGGGCUUUUGAGGAGUUAGGAAAGGAUCUGUUUGAUUAUAAGCACUGGCUUCUAUAUGCAGAGCUUGGAGAGAGAAGAGGGAUAGAUGCCAGUGGAAUAUACGAAGAAUGCAUGUCUCGAUAUCCCGAGAACUUCAAGGUUGGAAUUGGGUAUCUGAGGUAUCUGAAGAGAAAGGACAUGAAAAAGGCCUUGGAGAUGAGUGACAAGCUUGCAAAGAGAUUUAUGUCUGAGGAAUGGAUGUGGUUUGAGAGAUUUGUAAUAUUCAGGAAGCUGGGAAAGAUAUCGCUGUCUGUUCUCUACAACUCCCGGAGGCAUGUGAGAUCGGAACUGAUUGAGUCGGAGAUAAAGUAUUAUGAGAACAAGGAAAUAUCUGAGGAAAGCAAGUAUUCUGGGUUCUAUGCAUACAGGAGAGCAAGGAUCAAGGAGUGUAACAUUGGCGGGAUGUGCCUAGACUGUGUAGGGAGGAUGAAGGAGUAUUAUAGAGAAAAGAUAAUGAAAGACCAGGACAACGGAGACAAUUACAUCUUGUACUAUUGCGUGGGCGGAGGGGUUGAUGGAGAGCUCGUGAGGAUGGUUGAGUUUUUUGAUCCUCGAGGAGGAAGUUACUGGCCUAGAGUCAGGAACAGAGUGGAUGUUGGAAGCAAGCUUGAAGCAGGAUGGAGGAUGAUGAAUUUUGAUUUUUUGGACAAGACUGUAUGA